AUGAUCGGUGCCACCAGGCGCUGGUUCCAGCGCAAUCGGAAAGGCCUCGCGAUCGGGGCUAGCGUGCUGGGAGCUGGCUACUUGGCCGGCCAGUACGUGCUAUCCAAGAUCUCCGAGGCACGCGAGCGCAUGAGCAGUGACCGUAUUGCCCGCGAAAAUCUGCGCCGGCGAUUCGAGCAGAACCAAACCGAUUGCACCUAUACCGUCCUUGCUUUGUUGCCGACCGCUACAGAGAACAUCAUCGAAGCACUUCCCGUCGAGGAGCUCACGAAGGAGCUGCAGAAGAAGCGGGCGGAGAGGCUGGCGCGCCUGACCCCCGGGGAAGGCUCGGGCUCGGACAUGACAUCGGUGUCACCCAGUGUCAAUAAUGAUGAUCGCAAUAGUCUUUCAAGCUUCCAGAGCGAGAGUUACGUGCACGCCAGCCAGGUGGAGUCUGGGGAUGCGGAGGGCGAGCCCCGAGUGAAACGGAAUAAGACACAGCUGUGGAACGAGGUCAAGAUCACAUCUAUCACGAGAUGCUUUACCCUCAUCUACACUCUCUCCUUGCUUACCAUCUUCACCCGCGUCCAACUCAACCUCCUCGGUCGUCGGAACUACCUCUCUAGCGUCAUCUCCCUUGCUACUCCUCCGGCAGACUCGACUAUCAGCUUAGAAGACCACGACGAUGAUUUGACACAGACUCUGGGCGAUGACUUCGAGACCAACCGACGGUAUCUUGCUUUUAGCUGGUGGCUACUCCACCGUGGAUGGAAGGAACUGAUGGCGCGGGUUCAGCCCGCCGUGGAAGAAGUUUUCGGUCCUCUGAACCCGCGCGAGGACAUCAGCCUGUCCAAGCUGUCGGAUUUGACUCUCCAGAUUCGGAAAAAGGUCGAAGGAAACACGGAAGAGGAGCGACGAUCCAAGAAAUGGCUGUCAUGCCUGCUUCCACCCGCGGAGGAAGAAGAAUACGUCCUGCGUGAGUCAGGCGUCGAGGGUGUGGCCGACCCAUCUUCCUCGCAGACUGCCUCGAAGCUGCGCCACCUUCUUGACGAAACCGCCGACCUCAUCGACUCUCCUUCGUUCUCCUUUGUCCUGACUCUGCUCAACAACGAAGGUUUCUCUACCUUGGUUGACGCAAAGUGCGCCAAUGAGGCCUUCAAGGAAUCUCCAGUCCCCGAGACGGCCCCUCAGUCAUUCGACUCCAUGGCCACCGUUGUCCCUCCCAGUACCGCAGAGCGCAAGACAAAGCUUGCCAACCUCCUAGCUGUGCUAGCUCGCCAGGCACACGUGAUCGGAAACGGAUCCCACGCGCCCAACGAGUACCUGGUCGCCAUGGACCAGAAUGUGCGCGAGCUGGAGGCGUUUUCCGCCGUGAUCUACAGCUCGAACUUCGAUCUUGAGCUUCCCAAGGCCAACAAAGCUGCCGUCAAUGCCGAAAGCGAGCAGGAGUUUGGCUCAUCCUCGUACGCGGCCGUGAUGGUUGAGAAGGAACCAAAGACUAGCAGUGAUUGGGCCCAAAGUGGCCUAGUCCUUGCUGACAACGAGGAGAACCCCGGCAUUGCCGUCACUGGCACACAGGAAGAGAAGGAAACUGAAGAGACACCAGGAGAAUCAGCCUUUGAGCGGGCUUGGGGCAAGGCUGUGGAAGAUGGAAGUACGUCUCCCCAGUCCGAGGGCCAGGCGGCUCCCUGA